AUGGCAGCCGACCAGCCAGCCAAAUCAGCCGUGACCGGUCACGCAUUUUUUUUUCUUCUCUAUUUCCAUAUUUGUGUCAACAAUGUGGUCACACAGUUGAGGGUCACGUGCUGGAAAUUAUCCAAUGAGCUUGAUAACUUGAAACUAAUUUUGGUGUUUUUUUUUUCUCUCUUCCUCUUUUUUCAUUUACAGACUGAACUAUCACAUAACCUGCAGCAGCUUUCGGAGAAGGCGCGAUCAACGACAGAAUUUAUCCAAAGACUGAAAGGAAUGAGCGAUAAAGUGACGGAAUCCUGCAUCGAGUUCGAGCGGCUAGUGACGGCGCAGUGUGAAGCGUUGAUAGAGGCGAUACACGCCCGGAGGGAAGUCCUACUGGAGGCCAUCCGACAGGACAAAGAUACCAAAAUUAGGACGUUAAAGGAUCAACAAGCGAGUUGUACAGGGAAGCUCCAGCAAACCACAGGAUUAAUACAGUUCUGCAUCGAAGCGUUAAAAGAGACUGAUAGUGCGGCGUUUUUACAGGUUGGCUCGAUGCUGAUUAACAGGGUAGCAAACACCGACAUGACGUGGCACCAGGAGGUUACGAACGCCGCCCCCCGGGUAUCGCCGAUCAUCGAUCUUACGCUGGACGACUCUUCGGUGGUGCGGGCGAUCGACAAUCUCAACUUUAUCCAAAUGAAACCCGCUAAGGAAGGAGAAGAACGACUGCCAGCAGUUCCCCUGGCACCGAUCAUAAUUCCCGAGGAUUGUUCCGCCGAAAACAACUCGGUAACUGUUGCAUGGCAGCCGCCGAGUCACUCCUUUGUGCAGGGUUACGUCCUGGAGCUGGACGACGGCAGUGGUGGCGAAUUUAGGGAAGUGUACUGCGGAAAGGAGACAAUCUGCACCGUCGACGGGCUGCACUUCAACUCGAUGUACAACGCGCGCGUGAAGGCCUUCAACAGCACCGGCGAGGGCGAAUACUCGGAGCUCGUUGGCCUGCAGACGGCGGAAGUGGCCUGGUUCACCUUUGACUCGGUGCUGAGCGGCGGCGCCGGCUCCGGAAUGAGCUUCUCCAACGACAACCGGACCGUCUCGGCGGACGGCUGGGAGCACCGGGUGGCCCUCGGGUCAGUUGGCUUCUCGCGGGGUGUCCACUACUGGGAGUUUACCAUCGACAAGUACACCGCGGACACGGACCCGGCCUUCGGAAUCGCCCGGAUUGAUGUGGCCCGCGAUAUGAUGCUGGGUAAGGACGAUAAGGGCUUUGCGAUGUACAUCGACCGGCAGCGGUCCUGGUUCCAGCACAACUCAAUCCACGAGCGACGCGUCGAGGGUGGAAUCUCCACUGGCAGCACCAUCGGGGUGCUGCUCGACCUGGAACGCCACACGUUGCACUUUAUCGUCAACGAGAUGCCCCAGGGUUCGGUGGCGUUCCGUGACCUGUACGGCGUCUUCUAUCCGGCCGUUAGCGUCAACCGGGGCGUCACGCUGACACUUCACACCGGGCUGGAUGCGCCCCACAUGGACUACCAUUAGGGGAAGGGGAAGGGGGUGGUGCAGGAGAGGACACAGAUUCCAGCAUAGCAGUAUGAGGGGGCGUGCCGAGCAUGCGAAUCAUUCGAGCCUUCUUUAAUUUAAAUUUUAUUCAAAUUAUCGUGCACAACUCCAAAGCGCGCCCGGCAAGUACCGAGUACUGAGUUUGAUGACAACACGAGAAGGGAGUUUUUGAUGCUGAGCAGUUCUCUAGGAAACACAAAAAGUACAACUUUUUUAUCCAAAAUUAAAAUAUCUUUGCAUAGGGUCCAGAAAUAGAAAAUUUUAAUUAAAAAUUGUAAAAAAUAUUUUAUAAGCUUCUUUAAAUAAUCUGUCGUUAUCGUUUUUUGAUCAUUGUUAUCAACGAUAACAGACGAAACCUCAUUUUUCAAAUCUUUCUAAAAUUUACUUAAUGCGCAAUUCUCUCAGAUUUCGGUCAUUUGAUUUUUUUUUUGUAUUUUUUAAUCCGGCUGAAACUUUUUUGGUGCAUUCAGUAUGCCCAAAGAAGCCAUUUUGCAACAUUUGUUUGUCCAUAUAAAUUUCCAUACAAAUUUGGCAGCUGUCCAUACAAAAAUGAUACAUGGAAAUUCAAAAAUCUGUGCAUUUUGAAGGAAUUUUUUGAUCGAUUCGGUGUCUUCGGCAAAGUUGUAGGUAUGGAUAUGGACUACACUGAAACAAAUGAUACACGGUAAAAAAAUGGUGAUUUUUCAAUUAACUUUUUGACGCUAAAACUAUAUUUGCAAAACAAAAUACUUUUUUAUAUGUUUUAGGGUACAUAAAAUGCCAACUUUUCAGAAAUUUCCAGGUUGUGCAAAAAAUGACCGAGUUAUACAAUUUUUAACCAAUACGAUUUUUUUCAAAAAAUCGAAAUAUUGGUCGCAAACUUUUUUCAACUUCAUUUUCGAUUUAAAAUCAAAUUUGCAAUCAAAAAGUACUUAAGUGAAAUUUUCAUAAAGUGCACCGUUUUCAAGUUAUAGCUAUUUUCAGGUAACUUUUUUAAAAAUAGUCGCAUUUUUCCAUUUUUUUUUCAAAUUAGUGCAUAUGUUUGCCCACUUUCGAAAAAAUAUUUUUGAAAAGCUGAGAAAUUCUCUAUAUUUUUCGAUUUCGAACUUUGUUAAUACGACCCAUAGUUGCUGAUAUAUUGCCAUGCAAAGGCUUAAAAAGCAGGAAAAUUGAUGUUUUCUAAGUCUCACCCAAACAACACACCAUUUUCUAACGUCGAUAUCUCAGCAACUAAUGGUCCGUUUUACAAUGUUAAAAUAUGAAACAUUCGUUUAAUUUUCCG